AUGAGCACAUCUCCGAAUCAAAGACGAAAGGCACUGCGGCAGAACGUGAUUAUUUGGAAAGCCGAAAACAAACGCGGCAGCUGUGCCAACACGCGUGGCCAAGAUCACCAGAAACCUUUGCCUCUCUUCUCCUCCCUCCCUCAAAACCCAUACCCUACUCUUCAUGCCCAGUCUCUCCUCAAUAAAGCCCUCUUAGACGUGACUCUACACUACUACAAGUAACAGACCCUGAUGACCCUCCCCGCUAAUGACGCCUUGACCCUUGGUCUGACCCACGAUUCCAACCGCUCCAGUUAUCCUCUUUCUCUUCGCUCAAAUUCACCCAAGAUACCCUUCGUCAAACAAUCUAGUCCGAAGUCAUCAGUGCACUAUCCAGCUAGUCCUAACUCCACUGUCCGGCCCAGGAAAAAAGUCAGUACUCGCCGGUCAAUGAGCAAUGGUGUAGCGGACGGUUUUCUCGACUCCCCUCCAGAGCAUGUCGCCAACGGAUAUGCCAACGGAAAGGCCAAUGGACACUCGGUACAGUUGUCGGUUGAGAAGAUGGAAGUACGAAGGCUAGAGAAGGCGAAGGCUCCUACCCCUGUGGAUUGGGAAAUUCCUCGCAAGAUCCUGCAUUCUUCUAUCGGUUUCUUAACUCUAUAUCUUUAUCUCGCACAUGGUUCAGCGCGAUUGGUCGUUGUCGCGCUCGGCACCGCACUAGCUGUGAUCGUGCCCGCUGACGUUCUUCGACUAAACGUGCCGGGUUUUGAACGCGUUUACGAGAAAUGUUUGGGCUUUUUGAUGCGAGAAAGCGAAAAGAAAACCACGAACGGUGUAAUCUGGUAUAUUCUAGGUGUAAUCUUUGUUCUUUCUGUAUACCCUCUUGACUUGGCUGUUGUAUCUAUUCUCAUUCUGUCGUGGGCCGACACCGCUGCUUCCACUAUCGGCCGCUUGUGGGGCUCGUUGACGCCCCCUCUGCCCCGCCGUAUUUUUGGCCUCCCACUUGCCGCACGAAAAUCUGUUGCUGGAUUCAUUGCUGGCUCAAUCACUGGCGCAUGUAUCGUUGCUAGUUUCUGGGGUUGGAUAGCUCCCUUUGGCGCUGAUCAACCAAUGUGGUCGUGGACCAACGGUCCUCUGAACAAUGUGGUUGACGGUGCCGAUGGCGCUUCGAAGCUAUUAGCCGGAUGGACAGGGCUUGGCUUGAUCAGUGUUGUGGGCGGGCUUAUCUCUGGGGUUGCUGAGGCAUUAGAUUUGGGAUCGUUAGAUGACAAUUUGACCCUACCUAUCCUUUCUGGAGGUUGCAUUUGGGGUCUUUUCAAGUUCCUUGCAUUCUUAUCAUCAUGAGAACUUGUAUGACAUUGUUCGCAUUUAGACUACUCUUAUUUCAUUCACUUGUUUGGAAAUUAUGGCGUGAUAUCCGGGACUUUUGGACUACCAGGGAAGCGAAGAGUAUGGGUGUGGGAAAGUGGUGAUACUAUACGCUAACUUUCGAGGCGAGAAUUGCGAAGUAUACCGUUUGUAGGUCUGUCAUGAACGCAGGCCGGACUAAUCAUAUCGACUAUGGCCCUGUCGGUGCGAAU